CACGAGAAUGCGGGGGCGUCCUGACGAGAGCAUAUAUUCGACGUCGCGACGCUCCCAAGGCACAGACGCUACUCCAACUCUGUCCCGAGCACGAGCAUUAAACUCGAGGAAGUAACAAAAUGUGCGACGACGAAGUAGCCGCCCUUGUAGUCGACAAUGGAUCCCCACGUGCUGUCUUCCCCAGCAUUGUUGGACGCCCACGUCAUCAAGGUGUGAUGGUCGGCAUGGGUCAAAAGGACAGUUACGUAGGAGACGAAGCGCAAAGCAAAAGAGGUAUACUUACUUUAAAGUAUCCUAUAGAACACGGUAUCAUCACCAACUGGGAUGAUAUGGAGAAGAUCUGGCAUCAUACCUUCUACAACGAACUGCGUGUCGCUCCGGAGGAACACCCAGUUCUCCUCACCGAAGCCCCUUUGAACCCAAAAGCUAACCGUGAAAAGAUGACCCAGAUUAUGUUCGAAACUUUCAACAGCCCUGCCAUGUACGUCGCCAUCCAGGCCGUGCUGUCGCUGUACGCCUCCGGUCGUACCACCGGUAUUGUCUUGGACUCGGGUGACGGUGUUUCUCACACCGUACCCAUCUACGAAGGUUAUGCCCUUCCUCAUGCCAUCCUCCGUUUGGACUUGGCCGGUCGUGAUUUGACCGACUACCUCAUGAAGAUCUUGACCGAGAGAGGUUAUAGCUUCACCACCACGGCUGAGCGAGAAAUUGUCCGCGACAUCAAGGAAAAACUUUGCUACGUCGCCCUGGACUUUGAACAGGAAAUGGCCACUGCCGCAGCUAGCACCUCUCUUGAGAAGAGCUACGAGUUGCCUGAUGGACAGGUCAUCACCAUCGGUAACGAGAGGUUCCGUUGCCCGGAAGCUCUCUUCCAACCAUCCUUCCUGGGUAUGGAAUCCUGCGGUAUCCACGAGACCGUGUACAACUCCAUCAUGAAGUGCGACGUCGAUAUCCGUAAGGAUCUCUAUGCCAACAACGUGCUCUCUGGUGGUACCACUAUGUACCCAGGUAUUGCCGAUCGUAUGCAGAAGGAAAUUACCGCCCUGGCCCCAUCGACCAUCAAGAUCAAGAUCAUCGCACCUCCUGAGAGGAAAUACUCCGUAUGGAUCGGUGGAUCCAUUCUGGCUUCUCUAUCCACCUUCCAACAAAUGUGGAUCUCCAAGCAGGAGUAUGACGAGUCCGGCCCUGGCAUCGUUCACCGCAAGUGCUUCUAAGCAGUUAUGCUUGCUCCAAAUUAUUAUUACUAUUGAUAUUGUUAUUGCUACACUUUUCCCAAAACGCACCGUUCACUGCCGUACCGCUUCGUCUAGUUGCGUCUCCGUUAGUUCAAUUCUAUCGGCACUGUCUCUACGUGGCGGUGAGAUUUUUUCCGACA